CAAACCUAUUUAUAUUCCAUUCUUUAAUCUCGAUUUCUGUUCCGCCCCCCCCUGUCUCGUCGUCCCAUCCUCAUUGUCCCUCGUCUUCUUCAUCACUGUCAUCGCUCCAACCUGCAAACCUUAACCUCGAAUCUCCCAAUUACGGUGUUGGAUUUUUGAAAAAUCGGGAUUCAUUUUCCCGAUUUUCAGAGGAUUUGAGGUGUCUAGAUAUGGCCACUUCGAAUACCAGCAAUGUUUACAUCCACGUCAUCGAAGACGUCAUUAAUAAGGUCCGAGACGAGUUCAUCAACAAUGGUGGUCCUGGGGAAAGCGUCCUCAAUGAGCUCCAAGGAAUAUGGGAGAUGAAAAUGAUUCAAGCUGAGGCUAUAUUAGGUCCGAUUGAGAGGAACCCAGCUCAAAAAACGGCACCUGGUGGUGGAAUUGCCCCUGUGCAUGACCUUAACGUACCUUACGAAGGCAAUGAGGAGUAUGAAACUCCCACUGCUGAUUUACUUUUUCCUCCUACACCAAUGCCAGGAACAGCUCAAACACCGCUACCUGGAACAGCGCACACUCCCACUGUUGAUUUGCUCUUUCCUCCGACUCCUUUACCGACCCCAGCCCCUACACCCUUACCAGGAACAGCUCAAACCCCGUUGCCUGGAACUGCUCAGACACCAAUGGGAACAACAGAUAACGCUAUGUUUAACAUUCCUACUGGAGGAACUCCAAUCACACCCAAUGAUUACUCUUCUACAAAUGAGAAUGAUGUCAUUGAUGUUAAACCUGCUCAGGGGAGGCCUAGUCCUUUCAUGCAACCACCCUCAACUUGGAUGAACCAAAGACCUCCCCUUGAUGUUAAUGUUGCUUAUGUAGAAGGACGUGAAGAGGGUGAACGAGUAACAUCCCAGCAACCCUUGACACAGAUGCAGGAUUUUUUCAUGGUGUCGUCUGGAAAGCGAAAAAGGGAUUUUGCUUCACAGUAUCAGGCUGGUGGUUACAUACCACAGCAAGAUGGUUCUGCAGAUGCAUUGUAUUACGAUCCAAAGAGUGGUCCAUAUAGCAGUACACAACAGCAAUCUGUUACUGCUGGCGAGGAGAUGGUGAUAGAAGGCUCAAGAUCUUCAAGAAUCCCUCAGCUGGAUGGUCCAAUUCCCGAUCCUUAUGAUGAAAUGCUUGCAACACCUAAUAUCUAUAAUUAUCAAGGAGGGGUUGAAGACUACAAUAUUGCUAAUACACCGGGACCAGACAUGCAGGCACCUACUCCUGCUCUGGCCCUUCAAAACGAUCUUCUAGACGACGACGAUGAGGACCCUUUGAAUGAAAAUGAUGAUGACGAUUUGGACGAUGUGGACCAAGGAGAGGAUCUCAACACAACUCAUCUAGUUUUGGCUCAGUUUGACAAGGUGACACGCACGAAGAGCAGAUGGAAGUGUACUCUCAAGGAUGGUAUAAUGCAUAUUAAUAAUAAAGAUAUACUCUUUAAUAAGGCAACGGGAGAGUUUGACUUUUGAUUGUGUUGUGAAAGAAAGCUUUCUUGCGAAAUGAGCACCGAGCUUAAUGUUGAAAGAAUGUUUAUUAGGUGUCAUUGUAACUGCUCGAUUUAUUCGAGUAGAAGACUGUCGAGCGGAAAGCAAGAAUGCUUAUUAGGUACUAUUAUUAUUGUAAUUGCUCGAUUUUAUCAAGUAGAAGACCGUCGAGUGGGCAUCAGUUUGUCUCUGAUUAGUUGAUGUACAUAAAGGAAGAGGGUUUUUUGCCAUCAUUUACUCGUCACUCGACAAUAUGAGUAUAUUGUGUAUCUCUACAAUUCCGUAGACUGUAUGUGUUUCAUUUUUGUUGUUUAUGUAAAGUGAAUUAUGUCCCCUACCCCAAUUUCUCAUGAGAUUUAUUUAUUGAUUUAUUUAUGUGGUAAACAAUGGUUUAUUGAUUUAAUCACU